AUGACUGACCCAACAAGCACCAGAACAGACCUUUUGGAGCAGCGAUUAGAUUCUCUGGAGCAAGAGCUUCGGUCGGAGAUUCAGGAGCUGCGGGCCUCAAUUGUGAGAAGUCCGGAGAGCAACCGAAUCCGCCUACUCGCACAAUCCUCCUCGCCAGCCCCACUGGUGGGCUUCUCGCAACAGGAAGCUAUACCUUCGACAUCAUGUGACGAGACGUUUGAUAUCACCCCGAACAACAUCCCUGUGGAAACUGAGUGGAGCGAGUUAUAUGCAUUCUUCGUCGCAAAUUGCCGUGAUUUGAUCGCUGUCGUAGAUGAUCAACUAUGUUCAACUGAGGAGACCGUGAAGCACAACCCCUUAAUGUCGGCCGUGAUAAGCGCCAUCGCAUCAAAGGCUAUCAAGCCUGAAAGACAUCAUUAUUAUGCUUCGCGAGCCGAUCAACUGAUAAAGGGCACUUUCCAAGGACCAUUACCUGAUAUAUUAAGCGUGAACGCGAUGAUGAUAUUCGCGGCUUGGGCAGGCAGAACACGACUUUAUGGGUACAUCGCCUCAAUAUGCGCCGAGCUUCAACUACACGAGGAUGCUAUGAUCUUGAGCGACCCAUCUACUACUCACACACCUGAGCUUGUUGCGCGUGCCAGGUGCUGGCUCACACUAUGCUGCUUAGACUUACAGUAA